AAAUCCACUCCACCAGCGCUCACCACCUGAACACACCGCCCGCCGCUGCUAUCCCGUCCCGACCCCUGGAGGAGAGGAAAACGCCAGCAGCAGCAGCAGCAGCUCCGCACCGCAGCACCACCACUGCUGCCUCUCGCCUGCACGGUAACAUGGUUUGCAGGGCUCGGCUGCUGUAGCCAAGGGGCCACUUAGUCUGUCACUCAGUCCGCGUGGAUGUGCGCGAGUGUGCGGUAACAAGCAGCAGUAGUAAAGCAGACGGAGAUCCCGCGCCGCUGUGCAUCAGGAGCACCGGAGGAAAAGGCGUCCGGAGCCGAGCCGAGCCGAGCAUCCCUGCACCGCUGCCCGCCCGUCCUGCACACCGGCCCCGCUGAACCGGAGCAGGGACACCCUCCUCCCCGCAACAGACACAACCUCGGCUUUACCGGGUGGGGAAAGCGGCCUGGCUAGUGCUGUAGUCACCGUUCUCGUCAAGGAAACCAAGAGUCCUGUCCCGUUGCGAUGGGGAAACAGAACAGCAAGCUGAGGCCAGAGAUGCUGCAGGACCUCCGGGAGAACACAGAGUUCUCAGACCACGAGCUGCAGGAGUGGUACAAGGGUUUCUUGAAGGAUUGCCCCAGUGGUACCCUGAAUGUGGAGGAGUUCAAGAAAAUCUACGCCAAUUUCUUCCCCUACGGCGACGCCUCCAAGUUCGCAGAGCACGUCUUCCGAACGUUUGACACCAACAACGACGGGACGAUAGACUUCCGGGAGUUCAUCAUCGCCCUGAGCGUGACGUCACGGGGAAAGCUGGAGCAGAAGCUGAAAUGGGCCUUCAGCAUGUACGACCUGGACGGAAACGGGUACAUCAGCCGCGAUGAGAUGCUGGAGAUUGUACAGGCCAUCUACAAGAUGGUGUCAUCUGUGAUGAAGAUGCCAGAGGAUGAAUCCACGCCGGAGAAGAGGACGGAUAAGAUCUUCAGACAAAUGGACCUCAAUAACGAUGGCAAAUUGUCCCUGGAGGAGUUCAUCAAAGGUGCCAAAAGCGACCCCUCCAUCGUCCGGCUACUCCAGUGCGACCCCAGCUCGGCCUCCCAGUUCUGAACCCCUCGCCCUGCUACGACCCUUUCCCCCUCACCCUCUCUGUUGCUGUUGAAACAGUCACUCAAAUCAAUGCAUGAUGGUUCUCCUCUCAUAUCAUCUCUUUUUUGUUCAUUGUUGUGUGCGAGGAUUGAGGCGGGAUUUUAAGGAGGAUAAGAAAAGCCAUCACUAUCAUUUUGCUUUCAUUUUUUUUUUUUUUUGAUAUUUGGGAAAACUGAAGGGACAUGCGUACAGUUAACCACCAGGCGUCAGUGGUGUCCGCUAAUGUUCCCGAAUAUCUCUCUCUCUCUCUCUCUCUGGAAAAAUGGAUUUCCAAGGAGCUCGUGACAAAGUGUGGAUUUUUUGCAGGGUGGGGAUUGCUGUUUGUCCUCCAACACACAUGUACAUCAUGUAUAUACUGUAUGUCUCUGUAUAUCACAAGACAAAGUUUGUCUUCGUGUAUGGUUCACACACUCUCUGGCAUUGAAAAGGCAGUAUUAUGUAGCGCAGCUUCCUGGUCUGAUCUGAAUGGGUGGUCUGGGUGUAGGUGGAGGGGGUGGGGGGGUUUAUUGGGAUUUUACUGCUAUAUGAUCUUUCGCUGAGAAAAAGAAGGCCUGAGAUCCCAUUAGCUUUUUAUUGAUAACUACUGGCAUUUUGCUGAUGUUUUUUUCUUCUUUCAUUUGUACAUAUUGUUUACCUCCUUCAUACUGUUUUAUUUAUUCAUUUUUAUUCGUAUUGUUGUGCUUUGAAUUUGACCGUAUUCCAGUUUACAGUGACAGAGAGAGAGAACAUGUGAGAGGAGAUUGAUCUCUUUGGGAGUUGGUGGAUUUGUUAAAGUGGAAGAUUCCGAGGCUCUCGUGGCAGAAGCGGAUCCCAUAAUGCUUUUGAUCAACGACACCAGUAGCACACAUCGUCUGAGCCGCCAUGUGUUUAUAAAGCAUGGCUGUGCAUUCGGUGUGAAUGCAUGUGGAUAUAUGCACUGUGUGCCCGCGGCUAACUUCUACAGUAUUAUAAUGUUGUGUUGUUUCUUAAUUUGUAAGUAUUUUGAAGUUCUUUAACAACGAGCAGUAAACUUCUGAGGUAGUCGUAACCUGUCACUAUACUGCAUGAUCCUACGAACUGACUAAAUCCACACAAACUGUUAACGCACAUCGCCAUCUUUUUGUAGCUCUGCAGCCUCUUCAGCAUUGUACCCGGCGGAAAUGAUCGAGUAUUUGUCUUGCUUUGGGGCCCCCCCCCCCCCCCCCACCACCCCUCAACCUCUCCCCCUUCCUCUGACAGACAGAGAACUCACUAAGGGCUCGUUCAUCACUCUCUAGCUGAAUGCUUUUAUUACCUCCUGGAUUAGUCUGCUUGCAGAGCAGUAAGAUGAAGGGACUUGUUUCAUGAGAUACUUAUUCUGAUUCGAGUUUUCAGGGUUUCCAGACAUACAGCAGUCAGAUCAGUGGCCGCGUUUACACUACAUUCAUUUAUUAGCCUAAUAUUUGGAGCGCCAAGGAAGUGGAAGACGUCGAGACACGACACCCAAUCAAUCUCUCCAACGCAAAGGGAAGACACGAAUGCGACAUCCUUCAGAAUAGAAUACCAUGCACGUGUAAACACAGCCGCUGGUUGCAGGAAUAGCAGCACCACUCCCGUGAUUGUCAGGUCACUGUUGCCGUCUUCUGUUUUUUGAGGUUAACCACAAAACAAACUCCGUUUGUGAAGCAGCGAAGCAUUGGGCAGACUGGGACAGUUAUGCACUCAUACAUCAUUCUUUUAGGAAGGGACCUUCAGGUUCUUUACUUCUAUAGGCUGAUGCAGUAUAAUGUAGAAGUGUUACGUGUUUAAAAGUGGUGGAAUGUAAUUAAAUACAUUUACUCGAUUAUCGCAGCAAUAUUCUUUUAUGCUGCUUCAUAUUUCCGCUCUGCUACAUUCCAGAGGGAGAUGUACAUUUGACUGCAGUACAUUGACCUGAUAACUAUAGUUAGUUACUUUUUAGAUUAAAAUGUUACACUCAAUACAAAUCAGUUCAUAAAUCAUAUUGCAUUCUUAUAGAUUAAACUGCCCCAAAGUAUAUAAAACAGUUCGUAUUAGCUUCAUUUUAAGGUUCAAUGUUUAAUCUAUAAUUUAAAAGUCCUUCUGAAAAGGCUUCGUUGAAAUCAUUUCAGGUGGUUUAGCAGCUCCACAAAGGUUUGGACAGACUUCCCUUGGCACUGAAUGACGUCUCUGUCUGCCACGUGAGAUAAAAACAACUCAGAGGGAUACAUCUCGUUUAGCUAGUUAGCGAAGAGCACCUGUUAUAGCGGACUUAACCGACAAACGUGUGAUUUAUAUCAGCCCAACACUUCACUACCUCACAAACUGAAUUACUGUGUGGGCAAAGUGAACCUCCCAAUGAGAGCUGUGCUGGUGCAGCUGCAGCCACACGACAUUGGGCCUGACCUUAGGCCUGCCCUUGAAGUAACUUAUUCCAAACAUUUGCACAGGCGCUUCCUAAUGAGCCGCACCUCUGCUGUGGGGAUCUUAUAGUGUCACUGCCUUCUGCUGGCAGGAUAAGGAACACCAGUUGCUACCGUCUGAUCCACUACAAUUUAACCCCUUUUCUAUUCUCACUGCCUCUGAUGAACUGGUACCUUGUGUUGGAUAAAUACGCCGCAUUCAUUCUUUCUUUCCUUCUUCCUUCCUUCCUUCCCUCUUUUUCCUUGCUUCAUAUUUUUUUGUUGCAUGAAAACCUCACGUGAGGAUUGUCAUGUUUGUUCCGUUGGACCUGAAAAUCAAAAUAUACCUAUGUGUUUCAAA